AUGCUUGAAGAGUUAUCGGAUACGGCCAAUCCAGCAGUAAUUGAAACAAUCGAUUCAAAAGGUUUAAUUAAAAGUCGAGAAAUAAUUCAAGGUGGUGAUGCAGGUGGUGUUUAUGUACCAAAAAGAAUUGGAAAUGAAGACCCCAAUAUACAUUAUGGUAUAGUUAUUGAUUGUGGAAGUAGUGGAUCAAGACUUUAUAUUUAUAUAUGGCCAGAACAUUCAGGAAAAGAAAAUGAAUUAUUACAAAUAAAACAGUUACUUGAUAAAGAAGGCAAACCAAUUGUAAAGAAACUUGAACCAGGUCUGUCAACAAUGGCAAAAACACCAGACAAUGCGACAGAAUAUUUGAAAUCAUUAUUAGGUAAAAUAUUUUCAUGUAUAAAUUUGGAUAUAUUAGAAGAUAUUUUUUUAGAUUUUGCUGCAGAAACUGUUCCACCAGAUAAACAUCGUGACACUCCAUUAUAUAUACUUGCAACAGCUGGUCUUCGUUUUCUGACACCAAAUGAACAAAAAAAAUUACUUGAAGAUUUAUUUAAUGAUAUUGUUCGAGAUUAUAAUUUUCUGAUUGAAAAAACUCAUAUUCAAGUUAUUCCUGGAAAGUUAGAAGGUAUUUAUAGUUGGAUAGCAAUUAAUUAUGUACUUGGUCGUUUCCAAAGUAAUAGUACUGAUUCAAUAUCGGUAAGUAAUGGUCAAACGUUAUCUAUCUCAAAAAAACGACCAUCAACUGUUGGUAUUCUUGACAUGGGUGGUGCAUCAGCUCAAAUAGCUUUCGAAAUUUCAUCAGAUACACCAAUCGAAGGUGAAGAAAUAGCAGAAUUUUCUUUGGGUUAUGAUGAAAAUCAAGAAGGUUUUAAAUAUAGAAUAUAUGUUACAACAUUUCUUGGUUACGGUGCAAAUAAAGCAUUUGAAAAAUAUAUUCAACGAAUUAUUUCAAUAGCUCUUAAUUCUUCGGCAUCGAACUCAUCUCAUAUUCUAAUUGAUGAUGCUGAUUGUUUGCCUCACGGUUAUGCAGCAAAUUAUACACGAAAUAAUAAAACAAUAACAAUAAUAGGUGAAGGUGAUUUUCAUAGUUGUGCUAAACAUUUAGUUACAUUACUUAAUUUAAAUGCAACAUGUAAACGAAAACCAUGUUCACUUAAUGGAAUUUAUCAACCCAAAAUUAAUUAUGAAUCACAAGAUUUCUAUGGUUUCUCAGAGUUUUGGUAUACAAUGGAAGAUGUUUUAAAAAUCGGUGGACCUUAUACACGUUUAGCUUUUCUAAAUGCUUCAAAUAAUUAUUGUAAUGCAAAAUGGGCAGAUAUUCGACAAUGGUAUUCAAAUAAAUUAUUUCCCAAAGCUGAUUUAAAUCGCGUAUUAUUACAAUGUUUUAAAUCUGCUUGGCUGUACGCAUUCCUUCAUGAUGGUCUUAAAUUUCCUGUUAACUAUCAACGUUUGCGUUCAGCUUCAUUAGUUAAUAAUAAUGAUGUUCAAUGGACAUUAGGUGCUAUUCUUUACAAAACUCGUUUUCUUCCAUUAAGAGCAAUUAAUCAAGUGAAAAGUACAAUGCAUUAUCGACGAACACAUACAGAUUCAACGAUAAUGAUUAUUUUAAUAGGUUCAAUGUUAUUAUUGUGUUUAUUGAUAUUUUAUCGAAAAACAUUACGAUCUAAAAUUCGAUCAGUUUUUUAUCGUCGUAAUGGUCUUUAUUCAUCAUCAUCAAGUAGUAAUUUUAAUCAACGUUAUCAAUUAUUAACAUCAAUUGUUAUUGAUAGUUCACCAUCUUUUUCAAAUAUAUAUACAAAUGGAAAACCAUUAAACACAUCAUCGUUUUCAUAUACUGAACGAUUAAGAAGUGUUUGA